AUUAAGUCACUUUUUGCUCUAUAUGAAAAUGCUGCCACAAUAAUACCAACCAUUCCAAAUUGUAGUCCAACAAAUAUGAUUAGAUGAAACAGGCCUCAUAGAUCCGCUCCUCUUCCGGUUUGCCGAGCUGCCAUCAAUCCGAGCGAAUUGUCAGCAAAUAACCCCAACAUCAAGAUGCUUCCUCAGGGGCCAAGAACUCCCACUUCAAAAGCCUAUCGUGAGGGUCCCAGCAGCAGACGAUUCGACGGAAAUUCUGGAAAAGUCAACAACAGCGAUUCCUCAGUGUGUACAUCUAUUGCACCACUGAAUAGUCAGCGCUUUAUGUAUUUGUCUGAGGCGAACGUGAACAAAAUCCGCGACGAUAUAAUUCGGCUCCAGACUAUCAUCGUGAGCCAAGAGAUCCGCAUUUGCGACUUGGAGAAGAAGUACAAGGCAAUUAGUAAUGGGAAUAACACCGUACUUGUACGGGGCUCCUCGGCGAUAGCUGAUCCCACUAGCAAUACGAGAUUUAGGACCAAUGCUUCUCCGUCUCGUGCAGCAAAACAUCGGCAAAGUAAUGAGAAUGACACCGUACUUGUACGUGGCCCUUCGGCUGUAGCUGAUCCCACUCUCAAUACGAGAUUUAGGACCAAUGAUUCUCCGUCUAGUUCGCGUGUAGCAAAACAUCUCCAAAGUGAUGGGAUUGACUCCGAGAUUGGACGGGGCUCCACGGCUGUAGCUGAUCCAACUAGCAAAACAAGAUUUAGGACCACUGAUUCUCCGUCUAGUUCUCGUGCAAUAAAACAUCGCCAAAGUAAUGAGAAUGACUCCCUACUUGGACGUGGCUCCUCGGCUGUAGCUGAUCCCACUAGAAUUACGAGAUUUAGGAUCAAUGAUUCUCCGUCUAGUUCUCGUGCAAUAAAACAUCGCCAAAGUAAUGAGAAUGACUCCCUACUUGGACGUGGUUCCUCGGCUGUAGCUGAUCCCACUAGCAAUACGAGAUUUAGGACCAAUGCUUCUCCGUCUAGUUCACGUGUAGCAAAACAUCGCUCAAGCCGACAUAUCUAGUAACGCAAAAUGUCUAAACUAAUAUUCCCAUUCAAAAGACUACCACCGAAGGUUGAAGGAUUGUUAUAGUCCUGCUCAUUCGAUCGAUAGACACUACACGGAUUGUGCGCUUGAUGGCAGUAGAGGGGAGGAACUUUUGCUAAAAACUAAAAUGCAGCAUCCACUAAUAUUUCAGACAGAAAGAGCAGCAGGAGCUGGAAGAGGAGAGGCACCAUAGUCAGAUUAAGUCUCUAGCCACGCAGCCAUCGCCAAUAGUGGAGGUAAUGUUUCUCCAACGACCAUGAAGCGGUUCAAAAAGCACUUACAACCGCCAAACUGAAAGCCUAAUGGUUCCGUAAGACCAGCAGCGAAUACCAAUGUAAUUCCGAGAAAUGCUCAAAUUUCACGCACUGAAAAGAGGAUUUAUUUUGAUGCAUCCUGAUGUUCCCUUAAUCAAGCAAACUAGAACUAAAAUGGAGAUACCGAAUUCAGUAUUCAACUGAAUGUUAAAUGUUUGCUAAACAGGCUAAUUGACUGUUUUUUCAGAUAAGGCCACGGGAACUGGCCAAACAGGCGCCUCGCCUCAUCAGUAGGAAUAUCUAUACCGGGAAUUCGUUCCUAUAUUGGAACCAAAUUUACGCGGCUAUUGGCAUUAUGUAGCCACUAACCAGACGAUCGAUCGUUUGGGGGAAACGCGUGCUGAGCUGUCAGGAAAACCCCCAAAGCAGGCACACGAACCAUUGAGUCUUGUGGAAAAUUAAAAUUAAUGCGGCUUAGUUGCGAUAAGGCAACUCAGUAUGCGAUUCCAUCGAUAUGCAAUCAAUCAUAAGAUUUGGAAUCUCCCAACGAAAAUAUAACCAAGAGAUAAAAAAUCGAGCUAUAAAAGACACCCGGCGCGAUCAUAAACCAGUCACAGUUCAUUUACCAACCGAAUCAGCAAUUAAAAUGGCUUCCCAACUCUUCCUUGUGGCCCUCCUGGGCAUCGCCCUGGUCAGCGCUACACCAGUCCCCCAACAGGCUGCCAGUGCUAACUUCAGCUCGGCCUUGACCCGGUACAUACAGGCCUUCAAGAGCAUCAUGCCCUGCGGCUACGCCCCCGACAUUCCCGUGCUUGCUCCCAUUGUCAAUCCCUUCUACGCCUUCGACUUCUCCAGCAACGCCUACAGUCUGAAGGGCAAUGUGAGCAAUAUCCGGAUUGAGGGCCUCAACAACUUCCAGAUACUGAGCGCCAGCGAUUAUGGCACCACCGGCGAGGCAGCUUACGACGUUAUCUUCCCCAAGAUCCAGGUGCUGGGAUCAACCGAUGUCGAGGGUUCCAUAAACUUUGCCGGUUACGAUGUGCCCAUCCGUCAGCGCGAUCUUAUCAAUGAGGCCUUUGUGGAUCUGCGCUUUGUGGGAAGCUAUUCUUUUGCCAACAGCCUGACCAAUUCCUCGGGUCUGCGCAUCGUCGACUUCAAACUGGCCAUCUACUUGGCCGACAUUCAGCAGGACAACUGGAACACGCUGUGGAACAUCUCCAGCAACAACCUAGCAAACAGCUGGGGUAAGAAGCUUCUGUACUUCGCCCUGCAGGAGAUCCAGCCAAAAAUCACCGACUCCUUGUACCAGAACCUGCUCGUCCCGAAAAUCAAUGAGAUGCUCGAAAAUGUCAGUAUGGAGGAAUUGGUUAACUACUUCCAGUCGCAGGCACAGCUCUGGGAGAAUGCCCACUGCCAGGCCUAGUGCCAGAUGACUCUCCAUGUUUCAAUCAUUCAAAUAUAAGUAAUAGCAAAGCAGCAA